GCCGGUCCGGAGCCGGCUGCGCGUCCUGUGCGCGCUGCCCAGCGCGGCGAGUGCCCCGCAGCCCAGCGAGAGUUAACGGCGGAGCCGCCUCUCCAUUGGCGGCCGGCGGAGCGGCUGCGGUGGCCGCGUUUAUAACCGGCGCCGCUCCGCCGGUACCGCGGCUCGGCUCCAUGCCGCGGCGGCCGGUAUGCCCAGCCUGCUGCCGCCCUUCCUUGCCCUGCUCUGCUUCGGGGCGCCGGCGCCCGCCCUGAGGGCUGUGGGACCAACGCCUCCCGCUUCACCGCGGCGGGCCGAGGCCCGGACCGAAGCGGCGGCGGCGGCGGCGGCGGAGGAGGAGCCGUGGUGCCCUUACAAGGUGUUGGCCGAAGGCUCGGCGGGCGGGCGGCUUUGCUUCCGCACUCCAGCCCGCGGCUUCCAGUGCUCGGCCCGGGCCUGCCGCGCCCACCGUUCCCCGGGCGGCGCCUUGGUGGCCAACGUGCUGCGCAACGGCAGCGUCCUGCUGCAGUGGGGGCCGCCGCGCCCCGCCGCCGGCCUCCGCGGCUUCGCCCUCAACUGCUCCUGGGACGGGACCUACACGCGUUUCCCCUGCGACAGCGUGGAGCUGGGCGCUGCCUGCCGCGACUACCUGCUGCCCGAGGCGCACGGCAGCGUCCGCUACCGCCUCUGCCUGCAGCCCCGCGUCGCGCCGCCGCGCCCCGCGCCCCCCGCGCACUGCGUGGAGUUCCGCGUGGAGCCGGCAGCCAUGCGGGACAUCGUGGUCGCCAUGACGGCUGUGGGGGGCACAAUCUGCGUCAUGCUCGUCUUCAUCUGUCUCCUGGUGGCCUACAUCACCGAGAACCUCAUGAGCCCGGCCGCUGCUGCCCCGCGCCGCGCCUAACCCGGGGGAAGCGGGAGCGGAGCGGGGCCGAGCCGACAGCCCCGGGCGCGGAGGACGCUCCAGUGGCUACCUCCGGGGUGCGGAGGCUCUCCCGGCUCUCUCGCCAGAGCGCUUCUUUGCGGCGAGCCCGGUGCCGCGUUCCCGGCGCUUCCAGGGGAGGUGGGGAGAGGUUCAGCCAAACUCUGCUGGCAGCGGUUGUGCCCAGGGUGUUGUUUGAAACGCUGGGUGGCUUGGGUUCGCCUUGCCCAAACUUCCAGGAUUUGGGGUUUUCCUCAGUAUUUGCAGCUCUUCUUCCUCCUAGGGCAGCUUUUCCUGAGCCCUGCGUGGUCACUGAACUCUUGGGAUCUCAGUGGAUUGAAAGUAAAUAAUGGCAAAGGUCCACAAGUGCCAGAAAAAUGUCAGUUCUUUAAAAGCAAGCAGAAGGUCUCUCUUGAGAAGACUCUCCAGAACAUCCUUGUUUUAAGCCUAUGCCUAGAAAUCCCCUUGAUCUUAGAAGUCUGCUUGGAUUGAUUGAUUUAUUUAUUUGUUUCUUUUCCCGAGGGAGAAUGUUGUUUAAAAUCUGCGGGAGGACAGACUGGUGGUACCACAACCCCCAUAGCUACGAGCGAUUUUGGUACAAAUCCCACCUAAAUCUUGUGGCUUAGGUGGGUUUUGUAUCAUGCUUUAUGAUGCUCACAAAACUUGGGGGACCUAGCCUGGCCACUGUCUGGGCAAACAAGGGAGUUUCUGGUCAGCUCAAGUGACCCAUCAGCAUCUUUACACCGACCAAACCUGCUGCUUUUCUCCCUUUAGAUGUUGGUAGCUUCCACACAGAGCGAUUUUUUGCAAGUGGCAGAUUUAGUCUGAAAACUCCAUUUAGUUGUGCAAGUAUGAACCCAUUAGAAUUAAUGAUAAAGUUAAGUAGAGUGUAACUGAGCACCAUCACUUCCCGCUGAAACCCCCCCUCUUAGGAAUGCUGUGUGCAGCUGCACUAAGGUAAAGGAACAAAACCAACCUCUUGAAACACAGAUGUCACUCACGUUGUAGCCGAGCGUUUGGAGCACAGGGACACUCCCCUUGUUAACUGCUCACUCAAUGCUGUAGUCUGUAGGGAUUAGCCAUACUUUAGUAUUAAUUCUAUUGUGCCUUAGUGCUGAGAAUUUGUCCCAUUUCUAUUGGUAGAUCUGUUCCUGUAGUCUCCGUAGACAAAUGUAUCUCCCUGAGUGUGUUUUUUGUCUCUCCAAGUGGUUGUUGGUUUGUUUGGUUUUAAAGAAGAGAAGAAAAAGCCAAACAAACCAAACCCAGACAAACUUAGACUGGUCAUUACUUGAACUUUAAUAUGUACACAAAAUAGAGUCAGUUACCAUCUGAGAGGUGUUUACUGAGCUAGUUUUUACUUAAGUGUUGUAUGUAGUUGAGUGCUGUAACAGAAAAUGACUUUGUAUCACUUGAAACUGAGCACCUAAAGCAAAAGGCAGGGGAAUGGCUCUUCUGUAGAGGGGUACUGCUAUUCACAUGCCACCUGUUCCUCAUCAUGUGAGCUGUUUGUGUAAAUGUUUAUCCCUGUGGAAGUGGUUUGUGAAGUGUCAGCUUGCUAGUAGAGGGUAUAGGAAGUUUAUAGAACGCUGAAGAAAAUGCAUUGUUGGUACUCUUCAUAACCCCUUUGGUCAUCUGCUGAGGAACUGAAGGUCUGUCGUUCACCAGGCAGAAACUCCUUUCAUGUGUUUGCUGCUCUUGCUUUGUUUUCUUUCUCACGUGCAGCUGACUCCAAAUUUGAAGUGUUCUCUUUUAUUAACUCUCCUCUGUACUUGAUUUAAGCAGCCUGACAAGACGCAGCGUGGCAGGAACAGGAAGAUGAUGUCAUUCAUUGACACUGCAGGACAAUGCCAUAGUUUUUCCUUUUUUAUCCCUAAGGACGCUGACUGCUGGGGGAAAAGGAAGGCAAUCAGUGUUUUUAAGACCAUUCAGACAAACUGCAGGUAGUGAUUCAGGGGAUUUGAAGCAGUCAGUUUGGGUCAGAGGUCUCUUAAAGGUUUCAGGUCAGGCUUUUCUGUCACGGUUUCUGCGCAGGGCUGUCGGAGUGGCACUGAUUCCUGUACAUCUCUGUCAGCUUCUGUCAACCAGUGUUAACUGUUCUGUUCUUCAUCCUGUCAUGAAUUGCCAGAUGUGAAAAUCAAAUGUAUCAAUAAUGAGCCUUGUACCACCUCGGCAUUGACCUUAAUAAAUGAAGAGAACAAUGGAAAGAAGUGAAAGCGUCACGAAGGGCUCAGGAUCUUGUUUGACUCAAAGCAAGCAGGUCUGUCCUGCUGUCAGUGGUAUUCCACUGUGACAGUGUUAAUGUGGAAAUGAAAGGUUUCUCCUCUGAAUUCUGGCAUUACCUAGAUCCUAAUG